AUGGCCGAAAUGCCGAACAAGAGCCAACCGGUCUUCGGUGGCUUGUACCAGCAAACAAAGAAGGUUUAUGAGGGAAUGAACAUAUCUUCAAGAGAGAUUGUAGCUAUCAAGAAAGUUAGCUGGGAGAAACUGGAGAAACAGCCAAGAUACAUUGAACGACACAAAAACCAGCUGCGAAACGAGUUGGCAGCAAUGCAAACGUUGAAUCAUCCCAACAUUGUGCGUCUACUCCACCACCAGAACACACCCAAGUACUUUGUCAUGGUCUUGGAGUUUUGCGCCGGCGGCGAUCUAGCUUCUGCCUUGCGGAAACGAAAGCUUCAAACAAAGAAUGAGACGAUCGAUGAGAAUCUUGCUUGCAGACUCACCAAACAACUAGCCGAUGGUCUCAAGGAGAUGCGAGUGUUGAACUGGGUGCACAGAGAUCUGAAGCCGGGGAAUCUGCUCUUGUCAUGUGAAAGACUGGAAGACGCAACAUUGAAGAUUGGAGAUUUCGGGUUCGCGACUAGGUUGAAAUCGGAGAGCUUGGCUCAGACAUGGGUUGGAUCGCCUUUGUACAUGGCACCUGAGAUCCUCACGAAAGAGAGUGGAGGUUACGAUGCAAAGGCUGAUUUGUGGAGCGUUGGGUGCAUCCUGUUUGAGAUGGUAAAGGGUAGGCAGCCUUAUGGGUCAAGCGCACGCGACCCCGAAGAGCUGAAGCAAGACAUUAGAAGUGACAACAAGUAUCAGCCGGAACCGCCAAUCUUGCUGAGUGAUGAGCUUGAAUCUCUGUUAGAUGCUCUUCUACAAAGAGUUCCCGCACAGCGAAUGUCCUACGACGAGUUCUUUGAACACAUUUGGUUCGACAUGCUGGAAAGCAAUUCGCUGCCAAACAGCGUCUCAACCAAGAUGUUGGGGUUGAUGGAGAGCACCACCCAAGAGCAGACAGGAGAGACGGCUGAGAAUCAUUUCACUGCCAGCAAGUUGAGGGCAUCUGCCAACUCUGACAAGGCCAUUUCUCACCUGAUUUCCGAAAUUAUGUCACCCACAGCCAACCAAGUCGACACGAAAGUGAAGUCGAAGGUAGAAAAGCGAGAUUCUGACAUCAG